UCAAUUUAGGAUUAUCUAUUUUAAGUUCAGCAAUGUAUCGACACAAUAAUCCGUAUUAUUCGUAGGAUUUUUAUGUGUUUAUUUUUCCUCUGCGUUGCGUCUCCUUUAAGUGGUGUUGGGUGUAGGCUUCAAAGCUCAAAGGGAAGCCGAAGAGUCAAACUGUGGAUAAAUAUAAAGUGGAUUGGAAGAAAAGCAGCUAAACGGUACGCUGAGAGGGCCUCGGUACAACAGGUCAGCGGGUCUGGAGGGCUGGAUGCGGUCGUCAUGGUGAAGGAUGUUCCGGAAAGGCAAAAAGCGCCACAGCAGCAGCAGCUCGCAAAGCAGUGAGAUCAGCACCAAGAGCAAGUCUGUGGACUCCAGCUUGGGAGGACUCUCCAGAUCGAGCACUGUUGCCAGCCUUGACACGGACUCCACCAAAAGCUCAGGGAACAACACAUCUGAGACAUGCGCUGAGUUCCGGGUGAAAUAUGUGGGUGCUAUUGAGAAGUUAAAGUUUGACAUGAGCAAGACCCUCCAGGAACCGCUGGACCUCAUCAACUACAUUGAUGCUGCUCAGCAAGAUGGAAAGCUGCCAUUUGUUCCCGGAGACGAGGAGAUGGUUCUCGUAGUGUCCAAGUACGGCGUCAAGGUGGCCUCGCUGGACCAGUGUAAUGUGCUGCAUCGCCAUCCUCUCUACCUGAUCGUGCGGAUGCUGUGCUACGAUGAUGGCCUAGGCGCAGGGAAGAACCUGCUGGCUCUGAAAACCGCCGACACAAAGCAAGAAGAGUGCAGCAUCUGGGUGUACCAGUGCAGCAGCUCAGAGCAGGCGCAGUCCAUCUGCAAAGUGCUGUCAGCCUCCUUCGACUGCGUUCUGACAUCAGACAAGUCCAGAGGCUCUGAGUGAGAGUUGGGAUGAGAGCGAAACAUCUGCAAAACCAGCAACAGUUAGACAACCAGCAUUGUUAUUGGCAAAAAAAAGUGCAACCAUUUCCCUUUUAUUUUUUUGCACCUUUGCUUUCUUACUCUUCUGAGAGGUCAUCUAAAGGGCAGAUCUGAUGGUGCGUAAUCUUUGUUAUUGAUGGAAAAGUCUGGCGUGAGCUAGCUGUUGUUCCCCUUCCUGUAAUCUAUCCAGUUAAAACAGAACUGUGGUGAAUUUUUCUGAGUCACUUCCCUGGAAUGUUUCCUUUUUUUUUUCUUUUUUUUUUUUUGCCUUCUCACAAUAAAUAUUAAAAGAAGGUGUAGUAAGGAGGGAAACGGUUGCAUUAAAUAUAGCUUUGGGACACAAUGCAGAGCUUUUAUAAGUGUAAUGUUAAGUGUAUUUAAUGUACGCAAUGGUACUACACAGUGCUAAAACUUUGCUGGCAUGUGUUAAUUCACGGAAGACAAUCAUCGGAUUAACUGCUCGGUACACAGAUGUGACAGCUGGCUUCAAGAGGAAAUCACUCAAAUCCCUCUUCAGGUUUAGAAACCUUGUGAGUGUUUUGUUUUCUAACAGCAGUAUUGGUACAAUAGUGGUCGCUUUUUGACCAGAAGGAAUGUUACAAAUAUUGCCUCACUUUUUGGACACAUUGAUCUUAAUUUGUGGGAUUUAUUCAUUUUUAAAGAUUUACUUGAGCUUAUUUUAAAUCUUUUUUUUAAACUCUUGGUACCAAAAGUGUGAUUAGCUGGGGAAAAAGUAAAUUUUAACAGGCUGGUAGCGACACAUGUAAGAUUUUGUGGGACUUGUUUACAGUUGUGGUACUAACUUGACUUCACCUUGUGAAAUAAUACUUUGGUCCAGUUGAAAAUGUGUAUGAAGAAGGAAAAUAAAGGCGUGGAUCAGGUAC